AUGUUUCCAUCUGACUCGGCCGCUGCCAUCUUCGCCCAACACCACCCACUGGGUCGUCUGGGUCCACAGAAACAGGAACAGCACCCUCGCCCAGCACAGCCAGCUCAACCUCGGCGCGAGCCAUUCCCUGCCUGGAGCGCAAUUGAGGAAACCAAGAAGAAAGCCGAUGCGUUUGCCAAAGAGGCCGCCCGCGAGUACGAUGUCGCCAGCAAGAAGGCCCAGGAAAAAGCGGGCAAAAUCGAACCCUGGUCGGCCAAGUACUAUGCCGCCUGUACAAUGGGCGGGAUGAUGGCCUGUGGUCUGACCCAUACGGCGGUGACACCCCUCGAUUUGAUCAAAUGCCGACGCCAGGUGGACUCGCAGCUCUACAAGAGCAACAUGCAGGCGUACCGCACGAUCCGCGCCGCCGAGGGCCUUCGUGGCGUAUUUACCGGCUGGAGCCCCACGUUCUUCGGCUACAGUGCCCAAGGUGCGUUCAAGUACGGCGGCUACGAGUUCUUCAAGAAGUUCUACAGCGACCUGGUCGGCCAGGAGAACGCCAGCCGAUGGAAGACCUCGCUGUACUUGACAGCUAGUGCAUCCGCCGAACUGAUCGCGGACCUGGCGCUGUGUCCCUUUGAGUCAGUCAAGGUGCGCAUGCAGACGACCAUCCCGCCGGAUCUUCGGGGUACGUUCAGUGGAAUCUCGAGCGUUGUUGCCAAGGAGGGUGUUUCUGGUCUAUACAAAGGCCUCUACCCACUGUGGGGCCGGCAGAUCCCCUACACCAUGAUGAAAUUCGCCUCCUUCGAGACCAUCGUCGAGGCGAUUUACGCCAAUCUCCCCGGCCACAAAUCCGACUAUAACAAGGGUGCGCAGACGGCCGUCGCUUUCACAGGUGGAUACCUGGCCGGUAUUCUCUGUGCGGUGGUGUCGCAUCCGGCCGAUGUGAUGGUGAGCAAGUUGAAUGCUAACCGCCAAGCGGGCGAGGCCUUUGGGGCGGCGAUGAGCCGGAUCUAUGGCGAGAUUGGCUUCCGGGGCUUGUGGAACGGAUUGCCCGUGCGGAUUGUCAUGAUCGGUACUUUGACGGGCCUGCAGUGGAUGAUCUACGACUCGUUCAAGAUCUUCAUGGGCCUGCCCACCACCGGCGGCACGGGGGAGGAGAAGAAGAAAACGUAG